AUGAAUUUCAUUAGUCUGGAUCACUAAAUACAUUCUAUUGAAGAUUAUGAUAUUCUUUGUGCAUUAGACCGUACAGACUACUCCACUGUUUAUAAAGCGUAAUCUCAUAAUCCUAUUAUUCAAGACUGGACAAGAAAACAGGACUCAUCGUGGCCAUUAAAGUCAUCAAUUUAGUCAAUCAAGCAGAAUUGGCUUAAGCUGUCUAAACAUAUCGUACUAAACCCUUUAGAAAUAUUUGCUUGGUUGAUAAGUGUUUUGGACAAGAUGGCAAACUCUUUAUUGUUAUGGAAUACUUUGCUGGAGGAUCAUUAAAAGAUUUGAUUCAUUUGUUUAAGAUCAACAAACAAACUUUGGAGACUCAAUAUGUUCAAGUAAUCAUAAGAGAACUUUUGCUUGGUGUAUAAGAGAUCCAUUAGGAAGGUCUUGUACAUCGACAUAUUAAAUGUGAGUUUUAUUUUUACCCUAAAUCUCUUUUUUAGCUGCCAAUCUUUUCCUUUCCCAAGAAGCCAAAGUCAAACUCUCCUAUUUCUCCACCAAUAAGGAAUUUGCUGAUACCAUAAAUAAAUCAUAAUCCCACAUCCUCAGUCUCCCUUAUUGGAUGGCUCCUGAAGUAAGAAGACCUUCUCAUUCUAUUAGACCAUUUAAUCAUCAUUGACUGAUCAAAAAACUGAUAUCUGGGCUAUUGGUAUCACUGCAUUUGAAUUAAUAACCUCCAAGAUUCCUUAUGAAGAUGUACCACCCUAGAAGGUUAUUUUUAAAAUAGUCCAAUAACCUCCAAGAUUAAGUGGAGACUAUCCAAACGAGAUGAUUGAUUUUGUACAUCAAUGUUUACAAAGAGAUCCUCGUCUAAGACCAACUGCUACUCAGUUACUUACUCAUCCCUUCAUUAGAAAUGCCAAAAAAACUUAAUUACUUUUUGAAUUACUCGAAAGAGCUGGAAUGCUUAGUGGAGAAUAACAAUAAGCCAGUUGUGAAACUCUUAAUUACACACACAAUCGAGUUGUCACUUCCCUUAAGUUAGAUGCCACUGGAACACCAAUAAGAGAGGACGUCGAAUCACUUAAAGAAGAAACUUUGAAGAUUAAGCGUACUUUCAGAAAAAUAGAAAAAUAUAAGCCUGGAUUGGGCAAAAUCGUAUUGACAUUAUACCUUUCCAGAUAUACCAUGAAAUCAUCCAAGUCCUUUAAGCCAAGACCCCCUGAUGAAUACAGCAAUCUAAUUACGCAUUCUCAUUAAUUAUAAUAAAUGAAAACCAAUAAUGAGCCUUCUCUCUUCAAAUAUCGAGUACUUUAUCUAACUCUUAUCUUUAUUUCCUAGGUCCUUGAACAAAAAAACAAAAAAAUCAUCCUUGAAGCUGAUGAAGAUCAAUUCAACUCAUUUGCCAAUGCUCUCUCCAUCAUCUAAAGGUUUCACGACGAUAUCAAACAAUAACUCAACCCUUAGUAAACUUCAUCAAGAAAACUACGUGGUAUUCCAUCCCCUAUUUAUUUUCAGUCAAUUCCGACUCUGAGAAAUCAAAUAAUGUAUCCCAUCCUUACCCAAACCCAGACAUCAAAGAAGAUCAAGACUUUAGAAGGUAUCCAAAUACACUAACUACACCUUAGGCGCAUACCUCAUUUCUUUCUAUCUCGUUUCAAGAAGUGGGCCAAAAUGAUGGAGCAAGAUGCUGCUUACAAAUAUUUACAGAAUGUUUAAGAAUCCAAAGUAUAUUUCUAUUAAACUAUUAUCUAGACAUCAAAAUAAUAACGAUUUGAAUUAGGAGAUUUACAAAGAUGCUUUCAAGUUUAAGUCAAUGAACCCAAAGAGUCUAAGCUUUGUAAGAACUUACUUAAAGAUCUUUUUAUUUCCUUCCUUUAAAAUGAAGCCACACUAUAAAUCAUUCAUUAUAAUAAAAUCAGUUCAAUCGAAUAAAAAGUACAAUGUGGAAUAUUUAUAAUUAGCAUAAAUAUAUAGCAGAAAUUAAAAAUAUGAUUUAAGAGAUGUAUGAACUCAAACCUUUUGAUUCUUAUCUUUCCUCUGAAAAGAUAAAAGGAAAGAAAACGAUUAAUAAUAAUAUAUGCUAAUCACCUAUACAAGAAAAAUAAGAAGAGCAAAGAGAUGAUUUUUAGAUCCCUUAAAUUUAGGAAAAAUACUCUAAUGAAAGUUUUAAAAAAUACAAUUAAGCUCCCUCCCUUGUAAAAAUGAAUAGUUUCUAAUGA